AUGCCAGAGGCUGCGGACGUGGAGAAAGAGGCUGGAUCCUCAGACCUUCCACUGGUGUCUGUCACGUUCCAGAAGAAUGCACACAGGAAACUCAAAUAUCUGGAGGGGGAGCCCAAAGUCCUGGGGAUCACCCAAAUCGGCCUGAGUGUGUUCCAGGCCAGCUGUAUGACCUCGUUCAUUGCCAACAGUGUGUACAGAAGUGAGAUUGCCACACCUUUCGUUAUUUCAACCAUUCUGAUUUUCAUUGGAGGAUGUGUUGCCCUGGCAUCAAAAAACCUGCACCCACCCACGCUGAAGGCGUGUGUAGGAAUGGAGAUCGUGGCGGCGUUGGCCUCAGUCUUUAACCUCCUCCUGACACUCGGUGCGAUAGAUGAGUUCUACUGCUAUUCCUUCGAGUUUGACAACAUCACGGCCAACGCGGCGGGAACCUGCCAGAAAGUGGAGGCAGCCCGUCUUCAUGUGUUCACAGACUUAGUGGUGAUGCAGGUGACCCUUCUGUCCAUCUCUGUCACUCUCAUGGUCUAUGCCUGUAAAGUGGUCAACUGCUGCUCUCCGGCUACAAAAGUGCCUGUGAUAUCGAUUGAAGCCUCUCCAGCCCCACACUGA